CCUCGCGCGGCGGGCUCCAGGCUCCUCGGCCGCGAGAUUGCGUUCCGUUCCGUACCCCGACCCUCAGGAGGAUCCCUUACACUCGCCUACCAGCGCCAGGCAGCUGGCAUGGGCAUCCAGUAGGAGUUGAUGUUGACUGUAACAUCGGUGGUGGGAGCUAGUCCUAAUUGAAGUACAUUUGGAGUUAAAAUGCUGAAGCCUGCAGGUUUCCCUAGAUGACGAAUAAACAUUCCUUCUGUCUGAAGAACAUCUGUGGAAAUCUCAACCAUGGCAUCGCUGUCAGAGCCUGUGACGUUCCGAGAAUUUUGCCCUUUGUACUAUCUCCUCAACGCCAUUCCCACAAAGAUCCAGAGGGGCUUCCGCUCUAUUGUGGUCUACCUCACAGCCCUGGACACCAACGGGGACUACAUUGCCGUGGGCAGCAGCAUCGGCAUGCUCUACUUGUACUGCCGACACCUCAACCAGAUGAAGAAGUACAACUUUGAAGGGAAGACAGAGUCUAUCACUGUGGUGAAGCUGCUAAGCUGCUUUGAUGACCUUGUGGCAGCAGGCACUGCCUCCGGGAGGGUUGCAGUUUUCCAACUUGUGUCUUCAUUGCCAGGAAGGAACAAGCAGCUUCGGAGAUUUGAUGUCACUGGUGUCCACAAAACCAGCAUUACAGCUCUGGCGUGGAGCCCUAAUGGGAUGAAACUGUUCUCCGGAGAUGACAAGGGGAAGAUCGUCUACUCCUCUCUAGAUCUAGACCAGGGUAUCUGCAGCUCACACCUUGUGUUGGAAGAGCCAUCCUCCAUUGUGCAGCUGGAUUACAGCCAGAAAGUGUUGCUCGUGUCGACCUUGCAGAGAAGCCUGCUCUUUUACACAGAGGAAAAGGCUGUCAAGCAGAUUGGAUCCCAACCAAGGAAAAGUACUGGGAAAUUUGGUGCUUGUUUUAUACCAGGACUGUGUAAGCAAAGUGAUCUAACCCUGUAUGCAGCCCGGCCUGGGCUCCGGCUGUGGAAGGCUGAUGUCCAUGGGACUGUUCAGGCCACAUUUAUCCUCAAGGAUGUCUUCGCUGGAGGAGUCCCACCUUUUGAGCUCUACCCUCGUCUGGAGCCCUCUGACGGGGGAUGCUGCAGCUCUCCUGAGAAACACCUGGGGCUCGUUUCAUGCUUCUUCCGAGAAGGCUGGGUGCUGAGCUGGAAUGAGUACAGCAUCUAUCUUCUGGACACCGUCAACCAGGCCACAGUUGCUGGUUUGGAAGGACUGGGUGAUAUUGUGUCUGUUUCCUGCACCGAAAACGAAAUAUUUUUUCUGAAGGGAGACAGGAACAUUAUAAGGAUUUCAAGCAGGCCUGAAGGACUCGCAUCCAUAGUGAGAGACGGUCCAGAGACUACAAGAUGUUCGGAGCAGGUCCGUGCACAGCAUCCAGAGAAAGCACCGGGGGCCACUGUUUGUGAGACAAGGCUUCGAGGCUCUUCUGUGGCUAGCUCCGUAGCCAGUGAGCAGCGGAGCAGGAGCAGCUCACUCACCUCCACAGACAGUGGCUCUGGGCUGCUGUUGCCUGGACUUCAGGCUGCCUCUGAGCCGGGCCAGGGUGGCCAGCCAUACUCGCAGAGAUUCAGUGUCAUCAGCUCUGAAGACUUUGACCAGGAACUUAUAGUGAAACCCAUCAAAGUGAAGAAGAGGAGGAGGAAGAGAAAGACAGAAGGUGGAAGCAAGAGCACCUGCCACAGUUCCCUCGAGUCAACUCCCUGCUCCGAGUUCCCCGGUGACAGCCCCCAGUCCUUGAACACAGACCUUUUGUCCAUGACCUCAAGUGUUCUGGGCAGUAGUGUGGAUCAGUUGAGCACAGAGUCUCCAGACCAGGAGAGCAACCCCGGUGGUGAGCUGAAUGGGAUCAUGCAGGAAGCCAGUGGCCCUGAAAGGUUUAGUGUCCUGGAGGUGCCUGAGUCUGCCCCUGACCCAGUGGGUGAAGAAAACAACACUAGGGAGGCAACGUGCCAGCGUGACCACACACAGAACAUGGACCGUCUCAGCGGAGUGUUGAAUUCACCCUCAAAGCAAGAGGAGGGCGUGGGAGGUGGGGACAUCAUCUCAGGACUUGAGGAGGAGCCUGGUCCUGCUGCUGAAGCAGCAGUGCAUCCACAGCUACGCCUGCGAGAACAGGACAGCUCUGCUGAAGCACAGGAAGUGGACACCGUGGGGUUCCAUGACUCCCAGAGCACUUUUUCUGAAGCCCCUCUUCUGGGCUCACUCACAGUACCUUCCAGCCUCAGCUGGCCACCAGGAGCUGAGCAGUGGCUGCCUGGGAUUGGAGUUUAUGAAGUUAGCACUGAGGAGGCCAGCCCAGAACCAGACAUCCUGACCCACGUGGAGGUCCGGAACCACCAGAGCUCUAAUCCUUGGCAUGUAGUCACUAAUAGUGACACAGCUCAGAAAGAAACAGCCACUUCUGAAUGUGACAUGGGAAGUGUGGAAGGACAGGUGACACUUGCCUCUGCCUUGGUAGCCAGCAUGCAUGAGCGUUGGGUGGACCAAUCUUUCCAGGAUCACGUAGUGACAUCCAGUGAUGAGGAAGACAUUUAUGCCCAUGGGCUCCCAUCUUCAUCCUCAGAGACAAGUGUGACAGAGCUUGGAGCUGGUCGCUCUCUGCAGGACCUGAGCCAACCAGGUGCUGAUGAUACCACACUGCUCAAGACAGAUCAGUUUGCAGAGAGCUGGAUGGGCUACUCCGGUCCUGGCUACGGCAUCCUCAGCUUGGCGGUCUCGGAAAAGUUUAUCUGGUGCCUGGACUACAAAGGUGGCUUGUUCUGCAGUGCCCUGCCUGGUGCAGGGCUGCGCUGGCAGAGGUUUGAAGAUGCUGUCCAGCAGGUGGCAGUCUCUCCCUCAGGGGCUCUUCUCUGGAAGAUUGAACAGAAAUCUAACCGUGCUUUUGCUUGUGGCAAAGUUACCAUCAAGGGGAAGCGUCACUGGUACGAGGCUCUGCCCCAGGCUGUGUUUGUGGCCCUGAGUGAUGACACAGCCUGGAUCAUCAGGACCAAUGGAGAUCUAUACCUUCAGACAGGCCUCAGCGUGGAUCGACCCUGUGCCCGAGCUGUGAAGGUCGACUGCCCCUACCCGCUGUCCCAGGUCACAGCCAGGGACAGUGUGGUGUGGGCACUGACGGAGCAGAGGGCCCUCCUGUACCGGGAGGGCGUGAGCAGCUUCUGUCCUGAAGGGGAACAGUGGAAGUGCGAUAUUGUCAGUGAAAGGCAAACUCUGGAGCCUGUCUGUAUAACUCUUGGAGAUCAGCACACUCUCUGGGCCCUGGACAUUCAUGGUAAGCUGUGGUUCAGAACUGGUGUAAUUCCCAAGAAGCCCCAAGGAGACGAUGAUCAUUGGUGGCAGGUGAGCAUCACGGACUAUGUGGUGUUUGACCAGUGCAGCUUGUUCCAGACCAUCAUGCAUGCCACACACUCGGUAGCGACAGCAGCUCAAGCCCCUGUGGAAAAGGUAGCAGAUAAACUACGAAUGGCGUUCUGGUCUCAGCAGCUUCAGUGCCAACCCAGCCUACUAGGGGUUAACAACAGUGGCGUCUGGAUCUCCUCAGGGAAGAACGAAUUCCAUGUUGCUAAAGGGAGUCUCAUAGGAACUUACUGGAAUAACGUUGUUCCCCGGGGAACAGCUUCUGCCACAAAAUGGGCCUUUGUGUUGGCUUCUCCUGCUCCUACCCAGGAUGGAAGCUCCUUGUGGCUGUGCCAGAGCAGCAAGGACCUGUGUAGCAUCAGUGCCCAGAGUGUGCAGUGCCGCCCCUCCACAGUGCAGCUGCCCCCCGACGCUGAGAUGAAGACGUAUGCCGCCUGCCAGGAUGCCCUGUGGGCCUUGGACAGCCUUGGACAGGUGUUCAUCAGGACGCUUUCCAAGAGCUGCCCCACGGGCAUGCACUGGACGAAGCUGGACCUUUCCCAGCUCGGAACCAUAAGGCUGAACAGCUUGGCAUGUGGAAAUCAGCAUAUCUGGGCCUGUGACUCCAGGGGUGGGGUCUACUUCCGUGUUGGAACCCAGCCUCUGAAUCCCAGUCUGAUGCUGCCGGCCUGGAUCAUGAUUGAGCCACCUGUCCAGCCUGCUGGGGUCACUUUGGUCAGUGUCCAUUCUAGCCCCAAUGACCAGAUGCUGUGGGCCCUAGACAGCAGGUGGAACGUGUACGUGCGAACUGGAAUCACUGAGGAGAUGCCCGUGGGGACAGACUGGGAGCAUGUGCCAGGAUUGCAGGCCUGCCAGUUGGCCCUGAGCACCAGGACCGUGUGGGCACGCUGUCCAAAUGGGGACCUCGCCCGCCGCUAUGGCAUCACCGACAAAAAUCCUGCUGGGGACUACUGGAAGAAAAUUCCCGGAAGUGUGUCAUGUUUCACAGUGACCUCAUCGGACGAGCUGUGGGCGGUGGGCUCCCACGGCUAUCUCCUCCAGCGACUGACAAAGACGUUCAGCCAUUCACACAACACUCAGAACAGCCAAGUGGCCACCUCGCACCCUGAGGACCUGGAGGAUGAGUGGGAGGUCAUCUGAAGGAAGCCCCAAGGAGCCAGUCAAGGAGGAAAUGGGCUCUGUGUUGGAUGCUGCUGUUUCCAGUGGAGCACUCAAGGACAUGUCUCAUUUGCCAGGCUGGACACACCCCACACUUGCUUUCAUCUGUUUGUGUUUCCGUCUCAUUCCAGAACUCACAGCCUCAGCUAUGUGCCUGGAGUUGUCGCUGCAGCAGCAGCAGCAGCAGCAGCAGCAGCAGCAGCAGCAGCAGCAGCAGCAGCUUUGACAUCUUGCCCAGGUCACUUCCAAAUGGGAAUAGUGGCUGCUGUUCAGUUGCAUGCACUAGUUAGCUGGGCACCACAGUAAAUUCUCAUCAGCAGCUACAGGUCCUGGUGUGUGAGCCAGCAGGGACACCACCAGAGGCAGAUGAAUGAGCGAAAGCCAGGAAGAGGUGAGCGUGUUUCCAUGCCAGACCCCCAGGCCAAACGGGCCUGCAGGUCAGAACUUGCAGCCACUGGAUGUGUUUGGUGACAGUGUUGACUUUAUUACAGGGUCCCUUACUUCUCUCCGAGAGAUACAAGCCACAGUGCACAUCCCAAACCAGACAUUCCAGGGGGGAAAGUACCUGUCCAGGAUGGGGUGCUGGAUCUUGCAGGGUAAACAUCCACGCCCUUGCCUCCUCAUGUUGCCCACACUCCUGUCCACCCCCUGCCCACCUCAGUCAACACAACAGCCAAGGGGUGUAGAUGGAACCCAGGUGCCCAAAUGGUCCAUUUAGUCCAGCACAGGUGUGCUGAGCUAAUCUAGAGACACCUUUGGAAUGACAUUUGACUAGUGUGUUGGUGGGCACCCUAAAGCCCAGGUACUUCCUCAGAAGAUGAAUCUGGUAAUUGCCUUUUUGUUUGUUGUGUUACAAACCUGAAUAAGAUACCUCAUUUUGAAUCAAAUCUCACAAAUGUAGAAGAUAAGCAUAUCUUCUAAAAACAGUGAAGGUCUUCUGUUCCUUCAGGGGGUGUGUGCUAAGCCCUCCUUGUCUUGGCUACAGCUCUGCAGGGGAGGCCACUGCCUAUCAUGUCCUCAGCUCAAGAACAGUGUCUGCAGUGGCCAGCACAUUGAUUCCCCAGCAGCUGGUGGAGACAGAGCCUCUGCCCACAGUUGCUGUGUCCCACCAUGGCAGGGGGGACAGUGACACUCUUCCCUCAGGCGUCUGCGCUUCAGGGCAGGCUGCCCAAGGUGUGCCCUUCCCUGAGCCUGCUGCCUCUGCUGCAGCCCCCCACGCCCAGGUCCCUGUCAUUGCUCCAGAUGGGCUGCUUUUUUUAGUCCACCUGGUCCAAACAGUUACUUGGUGUCUGUUUUCUAUGAAGCAUGUGUCAGGGCCCCAGCAGUAAUGAAGCAGAGGCCUCCAAGUCUCAGCAGUAAUGAGCUUCUGGGAGCCUUGACUGGACUUCAUUUUAUAAACUCCUUUUCUCAGAGUUCAGUGACAGCAGAGGCAGCCCACACUGGGCUGUUCCUCUUCUGUGAAUGGUGUGCCUUGCCUGGCUCCUCAUGAUGGCAGCACUCCCCUAAGCCCACGGGACGAUAGUGCAAUUAAACCCAAGUUAAAUGGACACUUUUAGACUACUUUUAGUCUCAAAGCUUUGUAUGAUUUUCUUUUUGGUUUUAAAUUUUAGUUGUGCUUUGAGAUCAUGAAAAAUAUUAGACUAUUCCAACUAUCAAGCUUGAUGAGUGAGCUGGGAGGACUGCAGCAGAUCCAUUUCCUGCCCUGCAGAAAGCCCACCAGCCCAGCCACCCUGCAGCAGAGCAGCACAGCUAGACACUUUCUGGCAGCCCUAGAGAGAAUUCUGCCCCAAAGGCAGAAUGAAGGGCUGUCCCAAGACAGUAGGCUUGUGUUGUUGUUUUGAGUCAGUCUUCUGUAGCCCAGAUUGGCCUUCAGUUCACUAUGUAGCUAGCCAAGGAUAGCCUUUGCUGAUCCUCCUGCCUCCACCUUUAAAAUUCUGGGAUUAUGGGUAUGCAUCACCAUGUCCUGCUGGGACGUCAGACUCCAUGCAAAGAAGUCUGUGAGUGCAGCUUACUUUCAGAAUCCCCACUGGGCUGUCUCUCUUGGAGAGCAAGGGAAUUCCUAAAAUCAUGACAGUACCCACAGACACCCCAUGUUACUUAGCUACGUGUCCCCUCUAGAUAGGGUUAGUCUGUGAGCCUCAGUGAGUUGGGUACCCUAUUCACAGUCACACAGUGCACAUGAGCCAGGACCCAGCUGGGUGAAGCUGCUGGCCUGUGCUCAAGCCACAGAUUCCUGGAGUUGCCCCAGCAAGGGCCAGCAUGCCAGGUAUGACCCAGACCAUGGCUGGGCCCUCACCCCAAGCAGCCAGGCAGCAGCCUGUAGUAAGUAUCACAGCAUUCCAUAGGCAUUGCGGGGGAAGGAGGCAACAGCUGCUGUGCCUACCAUUUCCACUCGGCACAGAAACCUGUCUUUGCCUGCUGGAGGGCAAGUGCACAAAUGGUGGGGCAGCCAUGCAAAACCCAUGUGGAGAUUUUAUUUAUUCAAAAUGUAGAGCCUGUACAUCAGAAAUCCCGUGUGGGGCUGGGAUGUGGCUUAGGGAUGGACCUAGCAUGCACACUGCAACACAGACCAAAAACCUUACGUGGACUCAGAGCAUGCCUACCCUAGCCCUCGGGAAGCUGAGGCACAAUUGCUAUGGGUUCCAGACCAGCCUGGACCACACAGUAAGAGCCCAUCUCAAGAAAGCUAAAUUUAAAAGUAAUUAAACUGAGAAAGAGACAUGGUUGGCACCCAUGUUGAAUGUGCACUGUAGUGACUUGUCCAAACCAGUAGGAACAGACCUGACACAAAGAUGGACAAAUGAGGUGAAGAGGCAACUCACAGAAGCAUCCUUCAGUGGGAGGCCCCAAAGGCAUGGCCCUCUGGGAAAGCCUCUCAUGGCUCUUCAGUCCAAAAGCCUAACACUAAAAAUGCCCUCUCCGAAAAUCUGUCAAGAACAAAAGCAGAGCUGUAUGUGUAUGGCACAGUGAUCCAGGGCUUGCCCAGCGUGCAGUCCCUGGUUUCAAUCCCACAAUGGCAACAAAGAAAGCUAAACAGGGAGUGUGCUGCUGUCUGUGCCUUGAGCGCAUGCCUGUGAUGCCUCAGGAUGUAUACCAACAGGGCUAUACUGUGGGGUCCACAGGGGAUCUUGGGCUGUGUGAAAUUCUUCUGGCCUGUCACUACAUUACAGUAUGGUUUACAGAUAGAGGAGGACAUUGCCUGGUGGGGUGCUGUGUGUACGUCACCCUUCAGCAGGGCAGAGAGAAGGUUCUCACUUAGGACCUGCAGCUGGCCAGUGAUUGUUUCCCACCUUGUGUCUUUUUUAUCCUUUGAAUGUAAAUGUAUUAUUUAUUUCAAACUAAAUAAAACUUGCAUUUAGAAACCCAA